GAGGUGGCGGCAAGCGGAAAGGCAGGAGCAAGAAGUGGAGGGAGAUCCUCCGGUUCCCACACGUCAGCCAGUGCGAUGAGCUGCGGAAGGGCCUGGAGCAGGACUACGGCAGCUUGUGCCAGAAGCAGCCCAUCGGCCGGAACCGGCAGUUCUGCGAGGCGCGGCCGGAGCUCCUGCGCUGCAUCCGCUUCCUGGACGCCGUGGCCGGCCAGCCCCACGCCAGCCGGUGCCUGCAGGACCUGCAGAAAAGCCCCUGCAAGGACCUCUUCAGCAGCUGCCUGCGCCCCCUGCACGAGUACCUGAGCGGGGACCCCUUCGCCGACUACCGCGACAGCAUGUAUUUCGACCGGUUCCUGCAGUGGAAGUACCUGGAGAGGCAGUCGGUCACCAAGGACACGUUUCGGCAGUACCGGAUCCUGGGCAAGGGCGGUUUCGGAGAGGUGUGCGCCUGCCAGGUACGGGCCACGGGGAAGAUGUACGCCUGCAAGAAGCUGGAGAAGAAGCGUAUCAAGAAGCGGAAAGGGGAGGCGAUGGCCCUCAACGAGAAGCAGAUCCUGGAGAAGGUCAACAGCCGGUUCGUGGUGAGCCUGGCGUACGCCUACGAGACGAAGGGCGUGGUCUUCUACGCAGCGGAGAUCUGCUGCGGCCUCCAGCACCUGCACCAGGAGGGCAUCGUCUACCGGGACCUGAAGCCGGAGAACAUCCUGCUGGAUGACGCUGGCCACAUCAGGAUCUCCGACCUGGGGCUGGCUAUCAAGAUCCCCGAGGGCGAGACCAUCCGUGGCCGCGUGGGCACCGUCGGCUACAUGGGUGUGCGGGGACCGGGUGGACGAAGGAAGGCCAGCAGGGGGGAGAGCUGCGGCGGCGCCCCGGGAAGCACGCCUGCAUGGGGCUGCCGCACCGCUCGGCAAGCAGGGAUUUCCCGGUAA